AUGGACAGAAAGGUGUUUCUCUCAGGAAGGUUUUGGAAAGUUGGGGUACCACUCGGGUUGGCCGACUUGCAAAUUUGCCAUAAGGAUUUUCACACUGUUGCAGGGGUCAUUCAUAAUUCGUUUAGGGAUGCGUGUUAUGAAUAUGGAUUAUUAGAUGAUGACAAGGAGUACAUUGACGGCAUUACUGAUUCGAGUUACUGGGCAUCCACGUAUGCUUUGCGAAGGUUAUUUGCUACACUUCUCACUUCAAAUUCACUCAAGUUGGUGUUAUCGGAUUCGGAUAAGAAACAGUUCGCUCUGGUGGAGUUGGAGAAUUUGUUAUCUUCGUGGGGGAAGAGCCUUAGAGACUUUCCAGAAAUGCCAAUUCCAGAUGAAAGUAACAUGGGUUUGAUAGAAAAUAUGUUGAUAGCCGAAGAGUUGGCGUAUGACAAUGAAUUGUUGAAAACAGAGCAUGAAACGUUGGUAACAAAAUUGACGGACGAGCAAAAGAAUGUUUAUGACUCUGUGAUGAAUGAUAUUUAUUCUAAUGGAGGUGGAUUGUUCUUUGUGUAUGGUUACGGAGGAACAUGCAAGACAUUUUUGUGGAGAACGUUAUCCUCAAAGAUAAGGAGCCGUGGAGAUAUUGUUCUCAACGUUGCUUCAAGUGGAAUAGCAUCUUUGCUUUUGCCGGGAGGCAGGACAUCGCAUUCCAGAUUUGCUAUACCACUUUCAUUGAAUGAAGAUUCCACAUGCAAUAUAUCGCAAGGCAGUGACCUUGCUGAACUUAUAAUAAGGAGCAAAUUGAUAAUAUGGGAUGAAGCACCGAUGACGCACAAACACUGUUUUGAGGCUUUGGACAAAACCAUGAGGGAUCUAUUGAGGUUUGCCAUACCAGGUAGUGCUGAAAAGAUAUUUGAUGGAAAGACAGUAGUUUUGGGCGGUGAUUUUAGACAAAUUCUUCCAGUUAUUCCGAAAGAAACAAGACCAGUAGUUGUCGGAGCAACAAUUAAUUCUUCAUACCGCUGGACAAAUUGCAAGAUAUUGAGGCUCACGAAGAACUUGAGAUUACGGAGCUUAGCUUCAGAUGAAGAUAGACAGACGGUUGAUUGGUUUUCAAAAUGGAUUGCAGACAUCGGGGAUGGGAUUACAGGAGUUGAAAACGACGGUUUAUCAGAGAUCGAUAUUCCAGCACGGUGA